AUGACUUUGACUCGCUCUCAAACGGGGAAGACCCCUAAGAAAAUGGAUCGUCCCGGUUACAUCGAGACCCCUGGUCGUCGCUCCACGCGCAAGAGCUCUGCGGCCUUCGACGAGGGCCUUGAGAAUGGAUCUCCUGCUCCCCGAUCCCGCUCCAAGUCCACAACUCGCCGUCGCGCCUCCGCUAGGGUCAAGACUGAGGAUUCGGAGGAGGAAGAGGAGAAGAUCGCUCCUGUAAAGUUGGCCACCAAUGGCAAGGCUUCGACCCCUAUGAAAUCCCAGGUCAAGACCGAGUCGCGCAUUGUCGAUGGAUGGGAAGAAGGACUGGACCCCAAGGUCGACUACAGCGGACACAAGGAGUUUGGCGGUUCGCCUGGUGUGCUGGCCAUGAUGAUCGGUUUCCCUAUGCUCAUGUACUACAUGUGGAUUGGCGCAACCUAUUAUGAUGGCAAGUUCCCUACCCGCGCGGAGGGCCAGAGCUUCUCCGAGUUCUUCGCUCACAUGGCCAACCUCGUCUAUACCGGCGCAUUCCCGUCUUUCAAGGCGUGGACUAUCUACUGGGUUUUCUUCGUCUUCGAGGGUGCUUGCUACGUUCUGCUCCCCGGUGUUUCGAUGAUGGGACGUCCUCUGCCACACUCGGGCAACAAGCAGUUGCCCUACUACUGCUCGGCUGUCUGGUCUUUCUACACCAGCAUCAUCCUGGUUGUUGUUCUGCACACGACUGGUCUCUUCAAGCUCUACACCAUCAUCGAUGAGUUCGGCCCCUUGAUGAGCGUUGCCAUUCUGUCUGGCUUCAUCGUCUCGUUCGUCGCGUAUUUCUCGGCUCUGGCUCGUGGCGCUGAGCACCGUAUGACCGGCGCUCCGAUCUAUGAUUUUUUCAUGGGUGCUGAGCUGAACCCCCGUAUGUUUGGUAUCCUGGACUUUAAGAUGUUCUUCGAGGUCCGCCUGCCCUGGUACAUUCUGCUUUUCCUCUCCAUGGGUGCCGCCGCCCGUCAAUGGGAGGUCUACGGCUAUGUUUCUGGCGAGGUCAUGUUCCUGGUCAUGGCCCACUUCCUCUACGCCAAUGCCUGCUCCAAGGGUGAGGAGUGCAUUGUGUCCACUUGGGAUAUGUACUACGAGAAGUGGGGCUUCAUGCUCAUCUUCUGGAACUUGGCCGGUGUCCCCUUGAGCUACUGCCACUGCACCAUUUACCUGGCCAACCACGACCCCUCCGAGUACCACUGGAACCGAUUCUUCCUGGCCUUCCUUUACGCCGCAUACCUAUUCGUCUACUGGGUGUGGGACACAACCAACAGCCAGAAGAACCGUUUCCGUCAGCAGGAGCGCGGCACUAUGGUCAAGCGCAACACUUUCCCCCAGCUGCCAUGGCAGACUGUUGAGAACCCCAAGACCCUCACCACCGCCGACGGCUCCAAGAUCCUGAUCGAUGGCUGGUACGGCAAGGCCCGCAAGAUCCACUACACUUGCGAUCUCUUCUUCGCCCUGAACUGGGGCCUGAUCACCGGCUUCUCUAGCCCCUUCCCCUGGUUCUACCCUGUCUUCUUUGCCUGCAUGAUCUCCCACCGUGCGCUGCGCGAUAUUCAGCGCUGCCGCAUCAAGUAUGGCGAGACUUGGGCCGAGUACGAGCGACAGGUUCCCUACCUGUUCAUUCCUGUGAGUUUUCAAUCAAUCCCCCUUACGGCACAUGACUGGGGCCCCGCGCUCCCUUCAAGCUCAAGUUAUCUUUUCUUCCGGAGCUCGCGACAGCUCCAACAUCCAUUCCAAUUGACUUUCCCAAGACCAGCAAAGACAGCCCAUUCCAACAUCAUGCUCGUCCAAGAAACCACCGUCGACGUUCCCACCAAGGCCGAUGGCCAGGGUAGCAUGCGUAUAUAUGUUUUCCACCCCACUGUCCCAGGAUAUCCCAAAGCAAGAUUCCCCGGAGUCGCUAUAUUCAGCGAAAUUUAUCAAGUCACAGGCCCUGUGGCACGUUUUGCUCGCCAAAUCGCCGGCCAGGGGUACAUCGUCGCGGCCCCAUCGAGUUAUCAUGAAUUUACCGGUCCCGAGCCGCUGCAGUAUAAUGCUGAAGAUACCGAUAAGGGCAAUGCGUGGAAGAUUGGUAAAAAACUAGAAGCUUACGACGAAGACGCAACCCUGACAGUAGAUUAUCUUCUCUCCCUCUCAACAUGCAACGGCCGCGUCGGCGCAACGGGUAUGUGUCUCGGCGGCCAUCUUGCGUACCGCUGUGCACUCGAUAGUCGGGUCAAGGCGGCUGUGUGUUACUUUGCGACGGAUAUCCACAGCAAGACCCUGGCCCGGGGUAAGAAUGAUGACAGUUUGGCAAGGACGGGUGAUAUCAAGGGUGAACUUUUGAUGAUCUUUGGCAAAAAUGAUACACACGUUCCGCCCGAGGGACGGGAUUUGAUUCGCAAGACUCUGCACGAGAAGGGUGUUUUGUUCAGUUUCUAUGAAGUUGCUUGGGCACAGCAUGCUUUUAUUCGCGAUGAGCUCAGCAAGGGUCGGUACGACCCUGCUAUUACCAAGUCGUGCUUUGAGAUGUUGCUGGAGUUGUUUGGACGUACGCUUAAGUUGGAUCUGGGAGAGCAUGAUGGUAAGGAAUUGGUUGUUGAGGAUGUGUGCUAG